AUGUUUUCUCUGAGACCCCCUGGUAUCCCUGGAACUGAUGGCAUAAUGGGCAUUAAAGGAAUUCAUGGAGAACCCGGUGAGCCUGGGCCAGCAGGAUAUCCAGGUGAACCGGGUAAGCCUGGUGAACCUGGGCAAGAAGGAAAGCAGGGAGUAACUGGAGAAGUUGGACGAAUGGGA